AUGGGACUGGUGAUUAACACAGACACUGUCUUCUUCCCCUUAGGUCUCAUUAACGACCAUAAAAACACACAUGGAGAUGCACCGCGGCCACUGCCAUCCGCACCACCAAGGUGGAACAACCCCCACCAGCCUGCCUUCAGCAGAAGAAGGGGAGCAUUUUCGGCCAGGUACUCCCAACAGGCUCCCAGGGAUUUUCAGCCGCGCCAGGGCCACUCCUGGCGGAAAAAAUACUCCCUUGUCAACCGGCCACCGGGAUCGGCGUGUGACAUUGGAAGUGGUGGAAGGGCCAGCACGUCUCGGGCUUUUGGAAGCCAUGGGGACAGCCAGACACCUGAGCCACCGGAAUCAUCCCCAGAGAGACACGUGGACUUAACCACAGAUGGUAAUAUAGUUGUGGGGAUCCAGCUGCCACAGAGGGGCGGUUCUUUCGUAGAUAUGGAAGGUUUCACUGACGUGGAUUCUUACUGUGAGUUUUCUGGGCUGAAAACGAUGGUUGCUGCUGCAGGUGAUGGUAAAAAUGUGCAGAAAUCUCUCUACACGAGCGGAAAUGAAGAGAGAAGACCCUCUCUCUCAGUUUCAUUUAGUUCAUCUCAUCGAAUGGUGCAUCUAGCCGGUGAUGUGUCUGGGAGCUCCCCCGUCUCUUGCGGAAGCUCCAGUGAAAACGCCGUGACACUGAAAUCAGAGCCGCAGCAGCCUUCGAUGUUGCCAGAUCACGAGCCGGCUCAGCACUUGGUACGGAGGAAGGCAGAACCACUGGCUCCAGGGCAGUCCAGCUGUGAGCAAGUCAGGGAUGCUUUCAGAGAGCCAAAGCUCCUUGGAAAUAGUGAGACAUGUGCUAGACCUGCUCAGGCUACGACUUUGGUGGUUGGGAUGUCUCCAAUGAAGAACAGGUUUUCCGUAGUCCCCAAAGCUCCUGGUCUUCAAAGAGUUGCCUCAACAUCGGUCUCCAGCAAAGCUUCAAAGUUCAGGAAAACUAAUUAUACGUGGGUCGCAAACCCUGGUAAAUGCUCUCGUACUGUGAAGAGAUGGGUCAGCCCUAGAGCUUCUGAAAGUGCUAAGAAGGUUGCUGGUGGAGCAGACAGAGGUGCUAAACUAUCGCCAAAAGCAGACUUGGGAGCAAAACUGAAGAAAUCGGGACUGCAGUCCAAACUGGGUGUUUCUCCCAGUAAGUAUAAGUGGAAAGCCUCUAGCCUGCAGACCUCACCUUCCACCUCCAAGUCAGCGUUCAGGUGGCGGUCUGAGGAUCAGAAAAAGCCUCCAGCCCCCAACCUCCCUCAAGCUGGCACUGCCCUGCCACCUCCAAGCGCUGCAUCUGUCAGUCUCAGCGGGGCGAGGUCCUCCUUCAAUGAUGCCGCUGCGCUGUCUAGCUAUAAAGUGAAGAGUCGGACAAAAAUCAUCAAGAGAAAAGGAAGCUUGGGUUCCCCGACAGAUAAGAAGAACAGCUCCUCUCCCACCACGCUUCUGAAAAGCCACUUCCAUCUCAGGAAGAAGAACUCCUUGCGAGGGAAACCUUCUGCGACACCGAAACGCUCCUCGCCCAAGGGCCUGGUGCAGAUCACCAAGCACAGGCUCUGCAGGCUGCCGGCCACCAGAGUGCAGGUCUCCACCAAAGAAGGAACCAACUUACACUUUGUAAGGAGCCCCCCAGCCAACAAGGUGAUAAAGACACGCUACAGGAUAGUGAAGAAGAACGUGGUGUCUCCAGCCUUGUCAUCUUUCAGCAGCCCCGGUCCCAACUGGAAGACGAAGCGCCCCGUGACAUCCAGAUCCCCGUUAUUAAACCAAACGCGCUCAUCGCCUCAAGGCGGCAAAUCCCAGCACGUGCAACAGAGAUGGAGGAGCAAAGGCUAUCGCUGCAUCGGCGGGGUGAUGUACCGAGUGUCGGCGAAUAAACUCUCCAAGACUUCCAGCACCCCUGGCCGGGGCAGAGACCUGAGCACCAAGAGCCCCGGCAGAGCAUCGAGGUUGCACUGUACGCCCAGUCCUGGCUUCUCUCCAUCCUCCUGCCUGAACAGAUCAGCUACGAGCCGAUACAUCGCCAGCCGUGCUGUUCAGCGAAGUUUGGCCAUCAUUCGUCAAGCCAAGCAGAAGAAAAAGAAGAAGGAAUACUGCAUGUACUACAACCGCUUUGGCAAGUGUAAUCGUGGGGAGAGCUGCCCCUACAUCCAUGAUCCGGAGAAGGUGGCCGUCUGCACCAGGUUUCUCCGUGGCACGUGCAAGAAGACAGACGGGACCUGUUCCUUUUCCCACAAGGUGUCCAAAGACAAGAUGCCGGUGUGCUCCUACUUCUUGAAGGGGAUCUGCAGCAACAGCAACUGCCCAUACAGCCAUGUCUACGUGUCCAGGAAGGCAGAAAUAUGCCAGGAUUUCCUCAAAGGUUAUUGCCCCAUGGGAGAAAAGUGCAAGAAGAAGCACACGCUGGUUUGCCCUGACUUUGCCAAGAAAGGUGUCUGCCCCAGGGGCACCCGGUGCAAACUGCUGCACCCACAGAAGAAGCGCCAUGCAAGAGAAGCCCAAGAUGGGGACCGCAGCGACCCCCCUGCCAAGUGGAGACGGGUCUGGGAGGAGACAAGCAGGAAUAAUCCAGCUCAGGUCCACGAUGAUGGAGAAAUGCCGGGACCCUCCAGCGCGGAGCAAGAGGUGAAGUUUUGGAAAGAGACAGACACCUCCUCAACCAGCUGGCUGCAAAAGCUGCCAUCCUUCAUCUCCCUCCAGUCUUCACCGUGCCCCGGUGAUCAGGGCUGCAAAGUGGAGAAGGACGAGGAUGAGUCGGAGGACGAGACAGGCAGUGCCAAAUGGAGGAGAACUUUGCCGCCGGCGUCUUCACGGGACUCCGAAAACACCCGUCUGGAGGAGGGUGGCAGAGGUCCCUCCAAAUCCAAACAAAAGCAGCAAAGCAUUGUGCCGAGCCGAGUACCUCCGACCGUGCAGCCGAUGGGUUUUCGCAUCCGUGGGUACAAUUUCCGUGGGGAUUUCGAGGCGGUCUGGCUCGCGGUGGGGGAUUUAUCCCCUGACUCAAGCGACUCGGGGCGCGGCGUGCCACCAAAGGCGCAAUGCCGUUAA